CUAGAGUCUGUCACACCUAUCGUGCCCUGUCGUGAGACUUUAUUGAUACUUGUGACAAGUAGGAGGCGUUUUAAGCAUAAUAUAACGUUUUUUUAUUCACUGUAUAACAGCCAGGGGGCCACACUCCGAGGGCGCCCCCCUAUGCCCAAACCCAGCACGGGCACUGACUGACUGACUGACUGCUGCCCCGCCCUAGUUCCGCCCCUCGCAGACGUAUCCGUUGUAGAGUGUGUGUGGAGCCGGGCAGCCCCAGGUAUCACUCCGCGGCGGGCUGCCUCUCUUGUCAUAAGCGGCUAAAAUAGUUCGGCUGGCGGAAGAGUACGGGCAACAGAGACUCUGCCGCUGCCGCCUGAGAUGGCAGGGGAGCAGCGGGCAGGAGGCAGAGGAGAGGCCGGGGAUCCGCCUGAGGCCCCUGUGCGGGUCCUGCAGAGCCUGAGAGUGAAGAUCUGUGAGGGAAAAAAUCUGCUGCCUUAUCCAGGACCAAACAAGAUGAGAGAUUGCUUCUGCACUGUUAAUCUGGACCAGGAAGAAAUAUUUAGGACCAAUGUUGUUGAAAAGUCACUCAACCCAUUUUAUGGUGAAGAUUUUUACUUUGAAAUCCCUAGAACAUUCCACAAUUUAUCCUUUUACAUCUACGACAAAAGUCUUUUACAGCGGGAUCUUCGAAUAGGAAAAGUUGCCAUUAAGAAAGAGGAUUUGUGCAGGUAUUAUGGGAAAGAACCUUGGUUUCCACUUCAGCCCAUAGACUCUAAUUCAGAAGUACAGGGAAAAGUCCACCUGGAGCUGAAGCUAAAUGAGCUGAUUACUGACAAUGGAUCUGUGCAGCAGCUUAUGGUACAUAUUGUAGAAUGUGAGGGGCUACCUCUAGUAAACGGGCAAAGCUGCGAUCCAUAUGCUUCAGUGUCUCUUGUUGGCCCAUCAAGAAAUGACCAAAAGAAAACCAAAGUGAAGAAGAAAACGAGUAAUCCACAAUUUAAUGAGAAGUUCUACUUUGAGGUAACAAGGUCAAGCAGCUACACUAAGAAGUCUCAGUUUCAAGUGGAGGAAGAAGAUAUUGAGAAACUUGAAGUAAGAGUUGACUUGUGGAACAAUGGUAAUCUUGCUCAGGACGUGUUUCUUGGAGAGAUAAGAAUCCCUGUGAGAGUACUGAGGAACGACUCCUUCCACCAGGCAUGGUAUCUGCUCCAGCCUAAAGACAAUGGAAGCAAAUCCUCAAAGUAUGAUGAUCUGGGGUCCCUGAGGCUGAGCAUCUGUUAUACAGAAGACUAUGUGCUGCCUUCAGAAUUCUAUAACCCACUAAAAACCCUAAUGGUGAAAUCGCCUGACAUUCAGCCCAUCACUGCCUCAUCUGCCUUCAUUUUGGGAGAUAUUUGCAGAGACAAGAAUGAUGCUAUCCUCGCUCUUGUCCGGCUCCUUCUUCACCAUCAAAAAUUAGUUCCGUUUGUGACAACUAUUGCGCAACUCGACCUGAACAACACUCAGGAAGCCAACACCAUCUUCCGGGGGAACUCUUUAGCCACUCGUUGUAUGGAUGAGACCAUGAAGAUUGUUGGAAACCAUUAUCUAAAAGUAACCUUAAAGAGCGUUAUAGAUGAGAUAUGUGAAUCUCCAAAACCCUGUGAGAUAGAUCCCAACCGACUGAGGGAAGGUGACAAUGUCGACAAUCACAAGGACAAUCUAAGACAUUAUGUGGACAAGGUGUUCUCAUGUAUAGUGAAUUCCAGCAUGAGCUGCCCCACCGUGAUGUGUGACCUGUUCUCCUCACUACGACACAUGGCUGUUAGACAUUUCCCCAAUGACCGCCAUGUACAGUAUUCGGCUGUCAGCAGUUUUGUCUUCUUGCGAUUCUUUGCUGUAGCUGUUGUGUCUCCUCAUAUCUUCCAUUUGAGAUCCCACCACCCAGACGCACAGACCUCUCGUGUGUUAACACUCAUCUCAAAAACCAUUCAGACUCUUGGAAGUGUUGGCAGCUUGUCGAAAAAUAAAACUUCCAGCUUCAAGGAACCGUUCAUGUGCGAAUUCUACAAAAUGUUCGAGGAAGAAACCUACUCAGCAGAUGUUAAAAAGUUUUUAGAGGAAAUUUCAUCCACUGAAAGUAAAGAACCAAGUGGAAUGAGUGAAUCGGUCAUUCUGAAAGAAGGAGAGAUGUACAAGCGAGCCCAGGGUCGCACUCGCAUUGGAAAGAAGAAUUUUAAUAAGAGAUGGUUUUCACUAACAAGUCGUGAGUUUGCCUACCACAGGCAGAAAGAUAAGGAUCCAGUUUUCCGCAUCCCUAUAAAAAAUAUCCUGGCCGUUGAGAAGCUGGAUGAAAGUGCCUUCAAUAAGAAUAAUAUGUUCCAGGUGAUAUAUGGUGAAAAGCCCCUGUACAUCCAUGCCAGCAAUUGUGUUGAGGCCAGCGAAUGGAUAGAGGUGUUGAGCAGAGUGAGCAGACGAAAUCAUAGAAGACUCAGCAAAUAUCACCCUUCUGCAUUUAUAAAUGGGAUCUGGCUCUGCUGCAAGGCAUCUUCUGAGAGUACUGAAGGCUGCUGCCCCUGUACUGUAGGUGUUCCAGCUGACGUGGUGCUAGAUAUAGAUGGAGAUCGUGAAUGUGAAAAGAUCUAUUCUCUGUUUAACACCAACAUGACAAAGCUGCAGAAAAUGGAAGAGGCCUGUGCGACCAUGGCUGUGUAUCAGGGCCCACAGGAACACAGUGAUUACCACUUUACUAUAGAUGAUUCUGUGGAAACUUUUAAGACCCUCCAGCAGAUUAAAUCCAUCGUUGAGAAGCUGAAUGAACCGCACGAGAAACACAAGAAAGGUUCUACCAGUGCAAGAUAUGGCAGCCAAGAGAAUCCAAUUGUGGGAAAAGGUUCGUAGCACCCACAAGAAUGUGGGCAUCUAGAACUGGAACAAAGUAUUGCCAAAACACAAUUCACAGUCCUAAUGCAGACUGGAGACUUGUAACCACUUGGCAGGAUCCUUGGCAAUUUUCAUUAUAGGAAAUCUUUCAAUGACGUUUUGGAUGUCUUGGUUGAAAGUAGGAAAGAGCAAUGAGGUGCCAGUAUCUUCAGCAACCAUGGAUGAUGAUACUAUAUGUGAUGGCCUUCACACUGCAGGCAGUAUUAUGCCAAGUACAGAAAUUGCCUUUAUUUCUCACACAUUCACAUUCCUUGGGGCUCGUACCUAAUGUUGCAAUCCUGUAUUCUUGGCCUGGCUGCAGUGACCUCGCUGUGUAAGGACACACCACUCAAAGGACAAUGGGAUAUCCGUCUAGUGUGCUCAGCAUUGUGUAAGGUCUUGUCUAAACCCUGGGACACACUUCGUUGGUGGAUGAAACGUGAUGCCAGUUUAAGAAAUGUGGCAGAUUAAUGUGUAGGAACCCUUGAAGAAACCACACUAGACUACCACCUGUCCCAUAGCUGAGCAGAUCAGGGCCCUGUAGUCUUUAAACGGUACAAAUUGAUUUCUGUUUUGUAUAUUUUUUUUUUUUUUUUUACGUAAAGCAUUAGGAAUGGGCCCACUAAAACUGUGCAAGCACAGUGGUGCAAUUCUACUCUUCACCACCAUAUAAAGAGUAGAAUUUGGUGGUGUUGCCCACCACAAGCAUGAAAAACCUUUUCUUCAUCCUUUUUCACCAAGCUGGGUGACUUUUUAAAGGACACGAGGGGUCCAGGUCAUACUUGGAGUAGCCCAUAUUGACAACAUAUGUGGCGGAGAUGUAUCCGCUAUUUAAACAAGUCGAAGAAUGCAGAUUAUGUAGUGGGGCAGAAGAGAUGUGAACAUUUAAUACAUACACCGUCCUUAUGAAAGGACACGAUCAGCUGUUAGGACAAUCAUAAUGUAAUAGUUCAGUUUUUGCGUAUUGCCUGAUAUGAAGUUAGUGUCCCUGUCAUUUUACAAAGACAUUUGACAUGUCAGAGACAUGUAAAAACUUUUGAUGGGUCAGAUCUGGGUGUUAAGGCCCCCACUGAACAUUAGAACUGGCAGGGGGAAGCACACAGCUGUGUUUUUCACUCCCUAGCUCACUGCAGUCUCUAUCCAGGUGCAGGAAAUGGCCUCCAUUAUAAGUCUGUGGAGCUUGUGUCCUGCAACUGGACAGAGAUUGUAGCAAUCUGGGAGUGAUGUACACCGCCACGUGCUUCUCUGUGUCCAUUCUAAAGAUUGGUGAGGGUCUAAAGACCCAGACCUUGAUCAAUCAAAAUGUUUAACCUGCCUCUGUGACAUGUGGAGAGUUUUUUUUGUUAAGUGAUUGGGACCCCUUCAACACAGAAUGUUCUUGUAAUCUCUAUGAUUUGGGGCACCAUGUAUUGCAUUGCAUGCACUUAAGUUCUCUCUUCAGAAUGCUUUGGAAUGAACACUAGAUGCCUAUGGGCCAUAGCAAAGAAGAUCUGCCCAAUGUCUUAAUGUUGUUUAGUACUACAGACACUGGUUAGUGUUCCUUUUGUAAAAUCAACUACUCUGCAUUCACAAAACAUAUAAAGACAGCUCAGACUAUGCAGAGCUUGCAUGAAAGGUUUAUAUACCGAUGUCACCUUCAUGAUUGCCACCAAGUGCCAUAGUUAGAAAAAGCAACAGUAUGGAAAAGGGAUGCAUUUAUGUAGGUACUCCUAGGAGCCUGUCCCAAGCAAAUAUUGCCUGAAGCAAAGGUGGCAUCUUACCCCCUGGCUCCUUGGCAUUUACCUGCAGCAGUGCUGUAUGAAACAUGCUUUGGCUUUGUAUUGCAUCAUAGCACAGAGCAUCCAUGUUUGUUUUUUAUUAAACAAUCUGAUACUGCUCCCGUUGUCCUCACAAUAGGAAUGGCCUACGCAGGGCAGCCACUUUCCUUACCACUCUGAGCACUUUAGUAAUCUGCUGUGGCCAGAUUACAUGUGUCAUUUUUUUUCUUUUUUUAAUAUAAGAUGCAUAAUGUAUCAAGUUGUUUUCUUCGUUACGAUCAGUUCCAUGAUCAAUGCUGUAAUUUUGUUAAUGAUAAAAAAAAAUCCAUUGGAAAAAAAAGUUUUUUAAAUGUUUAGAAGACCAAAGAUGAUUUAUAAUCUUUCUGUAUAUAUUUAUUUUAAGUCUUGCUUUCAUUGUGGAAAAUAUAUGUUUGCGUUUGUCAGUAUUAUGAAAAAAAGGUACUGCUUUACUUUGCCUUAUCUGGAUAUUGAGGGAUUAAGCGCUUUUUUUUUUUUUUUUUUUUUUUCUUUCUCCCCCACACUGGAGAAAGUGUUUUUGUUUGUUUUAACAGAUCAGAAUUUUUAUUCAGUCCCACAAAAAAACAGGGCCAGAUAAUGGGUACCCACUAUAGAGUUGCAUUGUGUAGUUAUUUUUUGUUAGCACAUAGAAAAAUGUACGUGGACAUAAAACAAAAAGUUAUAUGAAUUAUGGUGCUCAGUCUAUAACUGUACUACAGAAGAGCAAAGACAGAUUAAAAAGGAUAUAAUUUUCUUAUUUGCAUACAGUGACCCCCCGACCUACAAUGGCCCCGACAUAUGAUCAAAUCGACAUACGAUGGCCUCUCAGAGGCCAUCGCAUGUCUAUGUCAGCAUCGACAUACAAUGCUUUUUUAUGUCGGGGCCAUCGCAUUGUGCUAUCCGGCAGCGCCAAAUGCUUAAGCUGCUGUCGGAUAGCAGCUUAAUGUUCCCCGUUUGGUGCGGUAAGUAUUACUUACCCCUCCACGAUGCUCCGGGGUGCCCUCCGGGUCCAGCGCUGGUCUUCCGGUGUCUUCUCGGCCCUCUCCGAUGACGUCAAUACGCUGCUGCGCACGUCAUCCAAUAGGAAUGGCGUACGCAGCGAUGUAAUGACGUCACUACGCAGGCCCAGUAAGGCCUUGCAGAAGACAGCAGAGGACCGGAGAAGACAGCGGAGGACCGGAGAAGACAGCGGAGAGCCCAGCAGAGGCCCGGGGACACCAUCUCGAGCAGCGGGGACAGGUGAGUACAGCUUCCUAUACUUUACAUUGCACGAAUCCCUCAACAUACGAUGGAUUCGACAAACGAUGGCUCGUUUGGAACGAAUUACCAUCGUAUGUUGAGGGACCACUGUAUAUGCAAAUUGCACAAACUGAAAGUUGGAGUUGUCCCAAAAUGAGAGUACCUGUCACCAAACUAAACUUUUAAUAUAUUGUUCCUUAUGUAAUUAUAAGACCCUUUUGUUAUUUACGUGCUUUUAAAAUUGUCAAUUUUUUAUGUUUUUAAUGUAAUUGAAAAAACGGCCACUAGGUGGCUUUGUCCAGUUCCCUGUGCAAGUCAAACAGUUGGUUUGGUCUCCUCCCAGCCUGGCAGGAGACCAAACUCAGGAAGUGCGUGCGGGGCAUGGCAAGGCACAGAUCUCACAGGCUUCAGUGACGUCGCACGUGCUGGGGAACGCCCACUUUCUCAUGCCAAGAGCUCACACAAUGUGAGCAAGGGAAAGGUAUGAUACACAGCUUUUAAAGCUUGGGGGAAAAAAUUUUAAGGGCAGGAGGGGUGUUAGGAGUAGUUAGGGAAUAUCAUCUGAGUUAGUUUAGAAAAUAUGGUUUGAAGACAGAUACUCUUUAACAAUUAUCACCUAUCCACGGGGUAGAUAAUGCAUUUACAAUAAUAGCUGGUUUGACUGCUGAGACCUCCUGGGAUCUUAAAGGGGUUAUCCAGGAAAAAAUAUAUCACCUGGCUCCAGAAAGUUAAACAGAUUUGUAAAUUGCUUCUAUUAAAAAAAUCUUAAUCCUUUCAGUACUUAUGAGCUGCUGAAGUUGAGUUGUUCUUUUCUGUCUAAGUGCUCUGAUGACAUGUGUCUCGGGAACCGCCCAGUUUAGAAGCAAAUCCCCAUAGCAAACCUCUUCUACUCUGUGCAGUUCCCGAGACAAGCAGAGAUGUCAGCAGAGAGCACUAUUGCCAGACAGAAAACAACAACUCAACUUCAGCAGCUGAUAAUUAUUGAAAGGAUUAAGGAUUUUUUAAUAGAAG